CCAAGGAACGGCUAUCUGCAUUCAUUUCUGCGCCUCCAUCUGUUGAUCUAUGUGAAGAAGUAACGAAAAUGAUGAGUGAUGACUUCCCAAUAUUAUACAAAUCGUGUUCACUGGAAAAGCGGAACAGUUCCGGAUCACAUGGACAAAAUAUCAUGCUAUACCGUCUUGCAGCAACGGAACCAUUUCACGUAGUCGACGAGCCAUUCUACCUUAAUUAUCACAGUCUUUUGGUGGACAGUCUUAACUGGGCGCACUCUAGUUGCGUAUACAACGGUUAUAUUAACACACAGCCCACAUAAAAGCGUAUAUAUUAUUACCUCGAUGUUCUGAGAGCUACUCUCGCUUUCUGGCUAUCGAAAAGGAUGUUGGUUAAGCGAAAUCUUCUUUCCUACCUGGAUCCGGUCCUGUCUUGAACUUUGUCGCUUCUGAAGCCUUGGAUGUUUACUCGUCAUUUGACAGAGGACACUAGCUAGCUACUUCUCACCCCUUUCGUGCCAUUAUUUGUGUGAAAAUGACGCUUUUAAUUUGUUUUUUUGUAAUUUGCAAAUUUCGGUGGAAGUUAUAUGGGUGCAUUCGAUAUUCUGAUCGUUGUCUUAGCUCUUUCGCAAAUUACCUGUCGUCACACGCUUGUAGUUCACGUCGGCUUUGUUGUACCAUUAACGAUUUUGUGAGCCUCUUCCAACGCAUUCGUGUCACACUUGGUCUUUCCGACUGAUCCUGUCAUAGUUUGCAUUGCUGAUCACUAGAAACCGAUGCAAACCUCUGCUGCU